UUUUUAUGGGAAAACUACCCCAGAAGAAGAACAGAAGAGAUCUUUUGCAGGGGAUUAUUUUUCUCUGCUCUCUUCUUCCUCUAUUUUGGUAUGGCAUUUCUCGAAAUUUUCUCUUUAUAAUUUCUUGAUCCUUUCCUUCUCUUAAUUCCGGUAGGAACUAGGAAUUUUGGAUUUUGAUAUGCUAGGUUGUACUUUGUAUUUCAUUUUAACUUUUUAAUUUGAGUAGCGAUCACUGUUGAUACUGGAGGAGUCUCACUUCCACACUCCUGGAUCCCCUUACUUCCGAUCUGGGUUUGAUGAUUUCUCCCUUUUUGAACUUGAAGAGGAAGUGAACUUUGGUUUUAGGGAAGAGGAUUAUAUGUUGAUGAUGCCUGUGAUGAUGGUGAUGAGUCUUUUGACUGGAGAAAGAGAUCGGGUAAAGCAAAAAGAAGAAAGAAGAAAAGAUGUCUCCAUUAGGGGCCGUUGUUGCUUGUGAUUGUCAAUGAGAGAAAAAUGGGGUUCUAUCCUUCUUUCCUUCCUUUCUUUCCCCUGUCUUUUCACGCAUCUCAUGUGAGGGAGAUGUGAUUUGCCUUGAGGACUGCUUAUUGUCCAAGUUAUUGCAGGGUUUUUAAGCGGGGAAGGUCUUUCGAGGACUUCUGUUUUUGUUUAUUUUUCUUCUUUCUUUUUUCUUUCCUUCUCAAAAGGAUCCGCAAGAAUGCCGAUGUUCCAACUUCCUGCUUGGAGAAAGGAUGGAGAUGUGAGGUUUGAGGUGGGUGGCGGUGGGCAUGUUCUAGAUCUGGACACCGCAGUCAAAGAUGGAGUUUUAGGUGGUGGAGGUGGGGUGUGUGGGGGUGGUGGUGAGAAAUUGGAUCUGAAGAAGAUGAUUGAAGAGCUGGAUUUGUCCGAUGUCCCGUCGGUCUUCAUCUGCCCCAUCUCUCUUGAGCCUAUGGAGGACCCUGUAACCCUUUGCACUGGUCAGACUUAUGAGCGAUGCAACAUUCUCAAAUGGUUCUCCUUGGGACACUUGACAUGUCCCACCACGAUGCAAGAGCUUUGGGAUGACUCCAUCACUCCCAACAAGACACUUCACCACCUCAUCUAUUGCUGGUUCUCUCAAAGAUACUUUCUCAUAAAGAAGAGAUCAGAGGAUGUCCAAGGUCGGGCGUCUGAGCUCUUGCAGACACUGAAGAAGGUCAAGGGUCAAGCCAGGGUUCAAGCCCUCAGGGAGCUCCAACAGGUCGUGUCAGCCCAUGCCUCCGCCAAGAAGACGGUUGUUGAUGAGGGUGGUGUCAAUCUGAUCACCUCUCUACUUGGUCCUUUCACUUCCCACGCCGUUGGUUCUGAAGCCAUUGGGAUUCUGGUCAACUUGACACUCGAUUCUGAGUCGAUGACGAACCUGAUGCAACCGGCAAAGAUGUCCUUGAUGGUAGACAUGUUGAAUGAGGGUUCCAUUGAGACCAAGAUCAACUGUACCAGGCUGAUUGAGAUGUUGAUGGACGAGAAGAAUUUCCGAUCCGAAGUAGUCUCCAGCUUGAGCCUCUUGGUUGGAUUGUUGAGGUUGGUUAGGGACAAGAGAUACCCAAAUGGGAUUUCAGCUGGGCUUAGCCUCCUCAAGACUAUAUGUUCGCAUAAACAAGUCAGGCACUUGUUAUUGAGUAUCGGCGCAAUUCCUCAAUUAGUUGAGCUAUUACCCACUUUAAAUCCCGAUUGCUUGGAAUCAGCCCUUUCCAUCUUGGAUGUUCUGGCCACCCUACCUGAGGGGAAGUCGGCUUUGAAGGACUGCCCAAAAACAAUUCCGAAUGUGGUGAAGCUCUUGAUGAGGGUAUCAGAGAGCUGUACUCAGUAUGCAUUGUCAAUCUUGUGGGCAGUCUGCAAGCUUGCCCCCGAGGAGUGUGCUUCACUUGCUGUGGAGGCCGGUCUAGCAGCAAAGCUUCUACUAGUCAUCCAAAGUGGUUGCAAUCCUGCCCUGAAGCAACGUUCAGCAGAGCUUUUGAAACUGUGUAGUCUAAAUUACACAACCACAAUCUUCAUUUCCAAGUGCAAACUUACCAGGACAAUACAGUGAAGGAAAAGUUUUACUGGGUAAUAUACAUUUGAUGACCUCCUCUGCCUUUGGGUGGUUAAGAAGUUGAAGAACCUAUCUUAUCCCAGCGAAAUUGCAAAGGUUGAAAGGAAAUGAGAUGACCCUUACUUGGCGGCGGUGGUCAAUAGUCAUGAAGAAGGGGGCUCUCUGCCUGAGGUACUUUAUCUAUGGCUUUGCUCCCUGUGUAUAGUAUAAUCCUGUAAUUCUAUCAAGUUGAUUUAACAUACAUGAAGAAACAUCAUAAUGUGAUUUGCGGGCCCAACUUGCUUGCCAUGGUGGGAUUCUAAUCCACCACCAGUUGGAGCUGGUGGCUUCCACGUAGUUUCUCUAAUAAGCCCAGCGAGGUCCAGUCUCAGAUUGGGCCAUUUUUGUUUUUCGGGGGCAUCUAUCUUUUGUGAUUGAUUUUAUGGGUUGUGUGCGUUGUAAAAAUUUCCCAUUUUAUUGGAGUUGAGAAGGGUUGAAUGGAUGUGAAAUAGAGGAUGUGAGUGAAGUUUUGUUGA